AUGGCGCAGCAUCGACAUCAAUCAUCCUUAGAGACUGUGUUGGAUUUCUCUCCAGCCUUUCUCUUAACUCCACAGCAAAGACAAAAGGCCUAUGCGCUUCUGCAUCUCUUCAUACAGGAUUAUGGCCUCGGACAAAGCGUUCAGAGGGGUUACAAGCCAGCAAAGCUCAUUGAGGAGAUGUCUAAACGAGUGACAUCCACAGACACGUUUCUAAGGUUCCUUUUCUUAUAUAUCUAUGAGAUUCUCAACGCUGAUGGAGAAGCUGGAGACACUGAUAUGGGUUCGGUCCUGUCUUAUCUCGAGUCCUUUGCUGGAAACCGAAGUAUGGACCCAAGCAGAAGGAUGCAUAUAAAGGGCGCUCUUGAGAACUUUGCUGAGUAUAUUGUCGACAACUUCCUUCUUCCACUCAGGGCUUCAUCUGUCAAAACACCACAAAUAACACCUACAGCAUUGUCCUUGAGUCAAACACCUACACAAGUGGGCACGAAACAGCGCAUCUCUAUCUUACGGAAGGCCUGUCUUGUACGUGAUCACCACCGGUGUGUGAUAUCCCGCAAAUUCGAUAUCGUCGAGGCCCGGAAGCGCUUCCAAGAGAAUGGGGAUAAUUCUAAAGACGACGACGGAAACCUUCUGAGCAAUGAAUCACGGGGUGGAUUCCAGCAUCUCGAAGUUGCGCACAUUCUCCCUCACAGCUUGACAACGUUAGCGCAGGGAGAAUCAGAAUUGAGCGAGUCAAAGAUGAAUGUGUUUCGCAUCUUAGACAUGUUUGACCCUGGGCUCAGCCACCGUCUUGAUGGACCAAAUAUCGAUAGUUCUGUUAAUGCUCUUACAUUGACGCUUGAUUAUCAUCGACUUUUUGGUGAAUUCCAAAUUUAUUUCGAACCCACAGGGAGGCCGCUUGAGUAUAAGAUCGACUCGCUUGAAAACAGUCCCUUCCUACGCGAUCCACUCUUCCCGGUUACUCGUACGCUGACCCUUAGUCCAAACCUGACGAUCGACCCGCCAGACCCCAGACUUCUCCGUGUCCACAGUGCCAUUGCACAUAUUAUGAAGCUCAGCGGGGCGGGUGACUAUAUCGAGAGAGUCCUUCGUGACAUGCAGGAGGUGGACGUUCAAGCAGAUGGCUCGACAAAUUUAGGUUAUAUGAUGGGUUUGCGACUCAACGGCUGGUUAAACACUUUGUCUGUAUUUUAGCGCCUUGACCCGGCAACUGCAAGGAGAGCUCGCAGCAAUGGAACGGCAUAAUUUGGGUACUCG